UCUUCCUAACAUGAUUUUAAUUACUCAUUUCAAUCGAAUUAUUAUUUUAAAAAGUCGAUUACACAAUACGCUUGCGCGAAAAGUUCAUUUGUGCGCAUGCGCGAUAAAUUUAUUUGCGCUCAUGUGCAAAGGCGAGGUGUCUACGACCACUCAUGACAUCACCAUUUGACAACUAUUUAAAUCAUAAUAAUUAUUAUUAAUUAAUUAAAAAUAAAUAAAAGUUAUUUUAUAAAAAAUCGUAUAGGUAUCGAACAAACAAAAGAUGAGCAAUUUAAUAGUUUGAAAAAUUUUAAGAAAAGUCUUGAUGUUUACUUCGAUAAAGAAAAAAAAAUUUUUGUAUUUUUAAUUAUCAAUAAAUAAUUAAAAAAUUAAUUAAUAAAGAGAGCAACAGCAGAUUUUAAUUGAGCAUUUUGUGAGCAAUUAAGAACACUUAUUCAUUACUCCCGGCUGUCACAGUUUCAUGCCAACUUUUUCUCCAUAAAAUACACGUCUUAUUUCAAUCUUACAAAAUUUUCAGCCCUAUAAUCUGAGUAGUCUCUAUGAUCUCUGUCUCAUCGGUCUCCAGAAGUGAAUCAGUAUUGAACGGGAAUAAAUAAACCGUUUAUUCUUUUUCUAUAUACAUAUAUGUAGACAGAAUACUAGGGUUUGAAAUGUAAACUAGGCCAUUGUAAUAAGACCUUUAGAUUGCAAUUUUGCUCGGAGUUUGGAGUCAGCUGAUCGUGAAUACACGUUUUUAUCAUCUAAUUUUUAUCCGUUUGUAUAGGAAGUAAUCAAGAAAUAUUAUUCUAGUCAAAACUAGUAGGAUUCUAUUAAUAUAAAAUAUUAUGGAUGAUACUAAUCUCAGAAACGAUUCUUCAAAUGUUGCUAUUAUUCGAGAAGUAUAUGAUGGUGCGAAUGCUCAUGAAACCUUCGAAUAUGAAUUAGAGAGAGCACUUGAAGCAAAAUGUAAUUUAAUUGUUAUUGAACCUUCAAAAUUAGGUGAUGAAACAUCGAGAUGGAUAACAGUUGGAAACUGUUUACAUAAAACAGCAUCAAUUUCAGGAUUAACAGCUAUUGUUACAGGUGUGCUUUGGGGUGAUAAACCUUAUAUUUGUAGUACUUUCGGUAUCACUGCUUUUAUCACAUGUGGACUUUACACUGUAUCCUGGCAGUUUGAUCCAUGCUGUCAGUAUCAAGUUGAAACGGACACUAGUAAAUUACCUCAUGUAGAGUUGCUUGCAAUUCUCGGACCGUGUUCACCGACAUUUCUUGUACGAAAAGAUGAUAAACGACGAAGAAUACUUCAUGGGACCAUUACAAUUGCCGCAAUGAGUAUCUGUGCAUGGAGACUAUAUCAAGCAUUUAAAUGAAAUGGGUGAUAUGUUUAAAAUAGUUAUUUCACGUUAUAAAUGUAAAUAUUAAAAGAUAAUUCAAUUCUCCUUCAUUAUCAUUAAAAAAAAAAAAAAAAAAAAA